UCUCCUCCUCCGUCGUCCGCGCCGCCUUCGCCCGCCAUGCUGCCCCGUCUCUCCCGUCCUCUCCUUCGCGCCUCUCUCCCUCGCGCCCUGCCUCGCGUCGCCGUCGCGGCGCCGCUGCGGCCCUUCUACUCCUCCCCGGCCCGCCUCGAGGCGCGCGAGCAGGCCGGCGCGCCGGCGUCGGGCUCGUUUGGCCAGGCGGCAAAGAAUGUCAAGCAGGAGGCCAGCCAGCUGCGCGCCAGCAUCGAGAGCGCCGUCGCCGGCGGCUCGGGCGGCAAGGAGGACAAGGGCCACGAUGCGGGCGAGCUGUUCAGCGAUGCGAAGACCAUCUCGGGCGAGAUGUUCCAGGCCAUGCCGCGUCCGGCGCUGCUCUGGGGUGCCGCCGGUGUGAUUCCCUACGUCUCGACCGCCGGCGCCUCCAUCUACCUGGCGCGGCAGGCCAAGCUCGUCGCCGAGGGUCUUGACUCCUCCAUGUCCUUCGAGACGGCCUCGGCGCUGCUUCUGCACGCGCAAAACGUGCAGAUCUCGUACGGUGCCAUCAUCCUCUCCUUCCUCGGCGCCAUCCACUGGGGCUUCGAGUUCGCCAAGUACGGCGGCGCCGUGGGCAACCGGCGCUUCUUCCUCGGCGUCGUGCCCAUCUUCCUGGGCUGGCCCUCGCUCGCCCUCGCGCCGGAGAUGGCGCUCGUGACGCAGUUUGGCGCCUACGUGGUGACGUGGUUCAUCGACCUCAAGGCCACGACGGCCGGCUGGGCACCGAAGUGGUACAGCUCGUACCGCUUCUGGCUGACGGCUGCCGUGGGUACCAGCAUCAUCGCGACGCUUGCCGGCACGAACUACUACAACUCGGACAAGUCGCUCUCCUCGGCGCGCGGCUCGGCGCAGAAGCUGGCGAACCUGGUGCAGAGCCAGGGCGCGGAGAAGUUUGCGGCGGCGGAGCGCAGUGCCAAGGGCAACCAGGGCGGCAAGAUGCGGCAGGAGAAGAUCGGCGGCGAUCUCGAGGCCGAGCCCAACACCGAGGACGGCGACUCGUUUGUGAAGAUCCGCAACCCCAAGAAGGAGGAGGAGGAGCGCAAGGCAAAGGAGGAGGAGGAGCGCAAGGCCAAGGAAGAGGAGAAGAAGAAGGCACAGCAGAAGGAGGAGGAGGAGCGGAAGAAGAAGCAGGAGAUUGCGGAGGGCAAGCGCAAGAAGACGGACGCUUAGAUGGGGCAUCACUUCGCCGCUGUCGCUCUCUCGGGCCGCCACCAGUCAAGGGCUGCACUCCGACCUGUGGACUAACGAGCGUACGUCGGGCAAGGG